UACUACACAGCCAAUGGCCUUCCUCCUAAGCCGACGUACUCCUAUCCUGAGCUGAUAUUCAUGGCUAUGCAGGAGGCGCCGCAGAAUCAGAUCACAGUUUCUGGAAUUUAUGCCUGGAUACAAGACAAGUUUUCCUACUUUAAAAACAGGCCCAGCAAAUCCUGGCAGAACUCGAUCAGACACUGCCUCUCCCUGAGUAGUGCCUUCCAAAAAGUCGAGGGGGUGAAGGAUCAG